AAAAAAGGGAUAUACUGUAAGAGUAAGGCUAAAGCAAAUGCUGAAUUAUAUGCAAAUGUUUUUUUAAAUAUAUAUAUAUAUAUGAAAUGAUGUAUAGUUCACAGCAAAACUUGCAAUAAAAUAUCAUGUACUGAGGGGACUAUGUAGAAAAGGCUUCUGAGCACUACAGAAAUUCUAUGGCUUGAAGAAAUAUAAAUAAAUCCGCAUGGUAUUAUUUUGUGCAUAAAUUAAUUAUUACUAAUCAACUUUUUAUUCUUCCUGAUGUUCCUUGAAUUGUAUCCCAACCAAAUGUCCAAAAUAUGAAAAAUAGACGACAUAGACGCUUUAUGGUAUUCAAGAGUACGGUAUUCAUAAAGAUUAUUUGCAUGAUCUUAUACUACAUGAGGAAGUUGAACCUUUUUGUAAACUAGAAAUUAUUUCAAAAGUAUGAGUUCGAGCAUAUUAUAUAUAUAUAUGUGUGUGUGUGUGUAAAUUAAAUGUCUUCGCUUCUUAGAAUUAUGGCAUUUUUGAAUUCCAAUCUUGGUUAGUUGAAAUAAUUCCUUCCCUACUACAUCAUGCAUUGUAGAUUAGUUGCCAAUAUCCAAUCUUAAGACUCGUCCAUAGAAUAAUAUGAUAGUUAUACUAUAUCAUUUCAUUUCAUUCCAUAAUUCAGAACAGUUGUUACUGAUCAUUAAGAAACCCUUGACUGCUGCUACUGCAUAUCUUCACUUUGCAUACUUUUUAUUGGCAUCACAUGGCCACAUUAUAAUACACAAGCAGUUGAUCCGAACCAAUCUCACAAUGAAAAUGGCUGCAUAUGUAUGGAAUCACUUGAUAAGAAUACAAUGCAUGCACGAGUUAGAAUAACACAUCCUUUAUGAUUGCUGGCUGGCUGAUUUAACUAACUCUAACCCUAAUCCUAUUUUAAUUUGUUUGGGCUCUUUUUCUUGUUACCCUCAAAAUGUGUAGUCCAUGUUUAAAUGUGAGUGAAGAAAACAAGACUAGGCACCCUGGACAGGAAGGCGUUGACAAUGACACAGCACUCUCAAGUGAGUUUGACAAGGUACACAAGAUGCUUCAAUGGCUCUGAUCAAUCUUUGUAGGCACAUGUGCAAGAUUAAAUAAGGAAAGGACACGUGUCACGGAAGAUCCGUACAGGACAUCGUACCGUCGGCGGAGAUCUGAACACCAAUCGGACGGUCGGAGGUGACGCUCUCGGAUACUGUUUUUCUGUCCAUUUCAAAUAUUGUAUGGGGGUAUCUUUUUCGUGCCCGCUCUCUAUUUGCUUUGAUCUUGAGAAUGGAUUUGAAUCGAUCAAACAAGGGGACGUCGAAGAACACAGUGCUGUUGUCCGGUCCACUAGUUUCAAGGGUAAAGAUACCGAACCCCUGACUCCAAAUUCUUUAUGCCAUGAGAAGUUUUGGGGGGAAGGAUCUAUUAGGUGCAGAACAAGAAGAACUGCUGGGAGAAUUGCUGAAUUUCCAGGUGAUGAUAAAUUUAGGCAUCAAGAAUCACCAGUGUUGCUGUCUAGAUCAGGCAGUUCUGCGGCAAUGGCCGUGCAUUCCCCUGUCUUGGAUCAGUGUAGCCCCAAACAUGAAGCUGCUAUUAAGUUGCAGAAGGUAUACAAAAGCUUCCGGACCCGAAGAAAAUUGGCGGACUGCGCAGUUCUCAUCGAGCAGAGUUGGUGGAAGUUGCUGGAUUUUGCUGAGCUCAAGCAUAGCUCCAUAUCCUUUUUCGAUAUUGAGAAACAUGAGACAGCCAUUUCACGAUGGUCAAGAGCACGAACACGAGCAGCGAAGGUUGGAAAAGGUUUGUCAAAGAACAGCAAAGCACAAAAACUUGCUCUGCAACAUUGGCUUGAAGCUAUUGAUCCACGUCACCGUUACGGGCACAAUCUACAUUUCUAUUACAUGAAUUGGUUGGAUUCUCAGAGUAAAGAGCCCUUCUUCUACUGGCUCGACAUUGGAGAAGGGAAGGAAGUAAAUAUUGUGGAGAAGUGUCCGCGUCCAAAGCUUCAACAACAGUGCAUCAAGUAUCUUGGUCCGAUGGAGAGAAAGGCUUAUGAAGUUGGUGUUGAGGACGGAAAGCUCUUCUACAAGAGAACGGGGCAACUUUUGGACACCCCCGACGAACCAAAAGGUUCAAAAUGGAUUUUUGUCCUCAGCACCUCUAGGGCCUUAUAUGUUGGGAAGAAAAACAAGGGGUUGUUCCAGCACUCGAGCUUCCUGGCUGGAGGAGCUACAAUGGCUGCCGGGAGGAUCGUAGCUGAAAAUGGUGUCUUGAAGGCAGUUUGGCCUCACAGCGGACAUUAUCGGCCGACGCCCGAAAACUUUCAGGACUUCAUAUCAUUCCUUAGGGACAACAGUGUGGAUAUCACUCAUGUGAAGUUUGAAUCAAACGACGACGAGGAAGAAAAGUCAGUCGGAAAGCACUUGAGAAGCAACUCCUCUGAAGAUGACUCGAAUCUAAAAAAUCAUGCGGAGACAGAAGAAAACGACACUGAAGAUUCCAGUUCGAAGAAGGUAUAUUCAAGAGAAGAAACGAUCGCUGCCAGGAUCGAGAUUCCCACCAAGUUACGGACACCAUACACCUUCAGUAACCUGACUGCACUUCAGCUGCCGAGCAAGGAUGACUUGCUAGAGAGGUUGAAGAGCGAAAAGGAGCAAUCCGAGUUAACAGAACAGAACAUGUCCGAAGAACAGCAUGAAGAUAGCUAUGAGACUAUUUCAGAAGACUCCAUUUUGCAGAGAAUAAACUCACACAAAGGAAUGAAGUCCUACCAAUUGGGGAAGCAAUUAUCGUGCAAAUGGAGCACCGGAGCUGGACCUAGAAUUGGCUGCUUGAGAGAUUACCCGUCAAGACUUCAAUCUCAUGCACUGGAGCAAGUAAAUCUAUCUCCACGAAGCAAACAUCGCUUGAAAUUAGACUCUCCUGCUCGCGCAUCGACUCCCAGUGGCAGCAAUCUUUCAGGCCAGUCUUCACUAGUUAACAAACGUACUAAGUCCAGCUUCUGAACCCCUGUGAGGCAUAGCUGAUCACUAUUCUUUAAUUGCUUCAUUCCUUUUUUUGUCGAUAGGAAAGAAUUACUUACUGCGCCACACUAGUUCAUCGAUAUUCCUUUCUUCUUUCAUUACAUAUUGUGGCUAUGACUAUGUAUACUCAUGAAAAAGUUCGAAUCAAUGUGUUAUUUCUCUUCUGCCUC